AUGCCUCCAACUAUGUUUAAUAAUUUACUUGAUAAAGUUUAUUCAAGAAUUCAAAAAUCUGAUACUAUCUUGAGAGAAGCUAUUCCAGCCAAAAUAAAAUUGCAAGUGACACUGUCAUUCUUAGCUACAGGAAAUAGUUAUAGAAAUCUCCAACAGUCAUUUCGAGUAUCCAAAGCUGCAAUCUCAAAAUUUGUUCCUGAAGUGUGCGAUGCAAUUUAUGAACACUUGCAGGAUUUUUUACAGGUACCAGACUCAGAAGAUAAGUGGAAAAACAUUGAAAAGGGAUUUAAUACAAGGGGAUCAGUUGAUGAAGAAAACAUUGAUGAAGGCAUAAUAACUGAAGGAUCAUGGAGAACACAAAGUUAUUCUAGUUUUUUGCCAAUUGCUAAUUCAAGAAGUAAUCACUCUUCACAAGCUGCUAGAGAUUUAAGAGAUAAAUAUCAGGAGUAUUUUUUAAACGAGGGAUCAGUAUCAUGGCAAGAAAUGAUGAUAUAUUAA